UAAGUACAUUCAUGUACGAGACACUUGAAACUAGAGGUCUUCUUUCAAUCCUGGGACACACCGAACAUUCAGUGUCAAUGUACACCCCUUUUCGCUGUAGAAUUACAUUUUCCCAGUUUCUAUACAUUCGAACGAGGCAACGGUGCAUACAAAUGUUACAUACUCUCAACUUUCACAUCCAAAAUGGCUACCGAAAUGCCUUUCUCUUCCUAUCUUAUAACCCCCAAGGAGCUGCACGAAGCCUUGCAAAAAAGCCCGCCCUCUGAGACGACCACAUUACCCCGAACGAUACCGCUCUCAGCCGCCAGCUUUCCUCCGGGUGAUGGCCGGACAGGCCUAGAUGCGUUUCGUGAGCGCCGGAUUCCGAACGCCCGCUUCCUUGAUCUCGGCAAGGUCGUAGAUAAGCAUAGUAACUUGCCUAACAUGCUACCUAGCGCAAGGGAUUUUGCAUCCGCCAUGAGUGCCCUCGGAAUUAGCAGAGAUGAUACCGUCGUUGUAUAUGAUACAUUCGAACUUGGAAUCACUAGCGCGCCAAGAGCAGCUUGGAUGCUGAAGGUGUUUGGCCAUGCUACGGUUCACGUGCUCAAUAAUUUCAAACUCUGGGUCGAGAAUGACUAUCCAACUGAGUUUGGGGAGCCUCCGAGCAUUGAUGCUAGCCAUUAUCCGACUCCAGAUCUCGAUGCGAGCAAAGUCGUUAAUUUCGACCAGGUUAAGGAGGUUGCACUCAAUUACAAUCAGGGGGGGCCAGAAGGCGCGCAGAUACUGGAUGCUAGACCAUAUGGGCGAUGGGUAGGGACAACGCCUGAGCCACGACAUGGACUUUCUUCAGGUCAUAUACCUGGAUCUAUUAGUGUCCCAGUAUCUGACUUACUCGAUCCCCAAACUAAGACCUUUCUCCCUGCUGAGCAGUUGAUAAGAGUGUUUAAAGGCAAGGGGGUUGACCCAGCAAGGCCGAUCAUAACUAGCUGCGGCAGCGGAGUGACAGCUGCGGUAAUUGAUGCUGCCCUCGCUGCCGCUAAAUAUGGCAAUGAAGAGAACCGAAGGCUAUAUGACGGGAGCUGGUCUGAAUGGGCACAACGAGUUAACUCUUCCAACGGAUUGAUCGAGAAAUUUGCGCAGUGAAACUCAUAGCAUAUCUCAUGUACAUAGAUACCAAGUAUUGACAGCCCAAACUAGAUCUUAAGGGAUCAGUGAUUAUCAGUCAAGCAAUUGCUUGGCCUAAGG